ACCAAAAAUGCUAAAAUUUUGAUUUUGACAGAUCCAGACAAGUCAAGUGUCAUCGUUUUUAGGUUGUGAAACACUUGAAACGUGUUCAGAUUCGUUUUUGCAAAUAAAUACUUAAUUGUAAAUAAAAAUAUACAAUGCCGACUGUUGGAGUCAAGCGAAAUUUACUUUUCGAAGCCCUGGGCCGAACAUUCACUGACGAUGAAUUCCAACGAUUAUGUUUUGAAUUCGGGCUUGAAUUAGACGAAGUUACAACAGAAAAACAGAUGAUUAGUAAAGAACAAGGGGAGGAUUGCGCCCUUGCUGCAGGGGCCUCCGAGGAAGUCAUUUACCGAAUUGACAUUCCUGCAAACAGAUAUGAUUUAUUAUGUCUUGAAGGCAUAUCAUUAGGAAUUAAAAUAUUUCAGGGAAAAAUCCAGCCCCCAGUUUACAAAUGUAUCAAACCGUCAUCCGACAGUAUUCAAAAAAUUCACGUAACACCUGAAACUGCUAAAAUCCGGCCUUAUAUAGUAGGUGCCGUUUUGCGCAAUUUAUACUUCACUCAAGAUUCUUACAACAGCUUCAUUGAUUUGCAAGAUAAGUUGCAUCAAAAUAUUUGUCGCAAACGCACACUUGUAUCAAUAGGGACGCACGAUUUGGAUACAGUUCAAGGGCCAUUCACCUAUGAUGCUAAACCACCCUCUGAUUUUAAAUUUGUACCGCUUAAUCAAACCAAAGAGUGUGACGGCAACGGCGUAAUGGAACUAUAUUCAACGCAUGCGCAAUUGAAACAAUAUUUGCACAUUAUCAAGGACAGCGAUGUAUAUCCACUGGUUUUGGAUAGUAACGGGGUUAUUUUGUCACUUCCGCCGAUUAUUAAUGGGGAUCAUUCCAAAAUUACAUUAAACACAAAAAAUGUUUUAAUAGAAUGUACCGCAACUGAUUUGACCAAAGCUCGCAUAGUUGUCGAUACUAUGGUUUGUAUGUUCAGCCAGUAUUGCAAAGAACCUUUUACUGUAGAGGCUUGUGAGGUGAUUACGGCUAGUGGUAAAUCCAUCAUUUAUCCAGAUUUAACGUACCGUAACGAAGUGAUCUCGGCCGAUAAAGCGAAUGCUGUGAUAGGCAUCAGUGAGUCAUCGGAAAGUAUUACAAAGCUUUUAAAUAAAAUGUGUUUAAAGUCCGAACUGACUUCCGAUGGAAGCAGUAUAAAAGUGACAAUUCCACCCACAAGGCAUGACAUUAUCCACCCUUGCGACAUCUACGAAGAUGUGGCUAUAGCUUUUAGUUAUAAUAAAAUUGUUCGCACUUUACCGAAAACAAACACAAUCGGAUCUCAAAACCCGAUUAAUAAACUUUCGGAUCUUUUACGAGCGCCGAUCGCUCAAGCUGGUUUUACCGAAGCUUUAACCUUCUCUCUGUGUUCGCGUGAUGACAUUUCUACUAAACUAGGUCUAAAGUCGAUCGAGGAAGUCCCCGCUGUACACAUUUCAAAUCCGAAAACUCUCGAAUUUCAAGUGUGUCGCACGACUUUGCUACCUGGGAUUUUAAAAACAAUCGCAGCGAAUAAAAAAAUGCCGCUUCCACUUAAGAUUUUCGAAGUUUCUGAUGUCGUUAUCAAAGACUCAGAUACAGAAGUCGGGGCGAGAAAUGAGAGGAGGAUUUGUGCAGUGAAUUGUAAUAAAAAUGCCGGUUUUGAAGUGGUCCACGGCCUUUUAGAUAAAAUUAUGAUGUUGUUGGAGGUACCCUGGAAUCCGAAUAAGACUCCCAAGGGUUAUUAUCUGCAAGCAUGUGAAGAUCCGGCUUUUUUCCCAGGAAGGUGUGCGAAGGUGAUUUGUGAUGGAAACGAAAUUGGGAAAAUCGGAGUUUUGCAUCCGAAUGUUUUGCAUAAAUUUGAACUAACAAAUCCUUGCUCGUGCGUAGAGAUUAACAUCGAACCGUUUGUGUAGUGGGUAAAGAAAUAAAUG